CUCGGUGAUUUUCCCGUUGACCAAUCAAGCCAAGAAAUCCUCCUCAGCGCAGUGGCAGAGCCAGCAGAAGCCACGGGCAUGGAGAGCGAAGGCAGCACGAGCCCCAACGGCGGCGCCCCCUGCGCGGUCUGCGGCGGCGCCGCGGCCUUGUACUGUCCGGCGGACGCGGCGGCUCUCUGCGUGCCCUGCGACGCGGCUGUCCACUCGGCCAACCCUCUGGCCUCCCGCCACGAGCGCGUGCCGCUCGCGGCCGCCGUGGCGGCGACCUCCGGCGUCUACGACCUCUUCGCGGCUGACGACGAAGGCGGCUCGUCCUGGCCGGGGCAGGGGAGCCCCAGCAGCGGCUCGUCCGGCUUCAGUAACGGCGGCGGCGUCGAGAUGAGCCUGUUUGACCUGCUCUCCGACGUCGACCUCGUGGCCACCGGCGCCGGUGGAAGCAUGCUAUCGGACGGCCCGUUGUGGCUGCAGCCAGGCCUCGCCGCGGACGCCUCUGCUGCAUGGACCUCCUCGUGGUCGCCGGCAGAGGCAGUCGUCGUCCCGUCGGCGGCGGACAGGGCGGAGAGGGUCAGGCGGUACCGCGAAAAGCGCAAGAACCGCAAGUUCCAGAAGACCAUCCGCUACGCCUCCCGCAAGGCGUACGCCGAGGCGCGGCCCAGGAUCAAGGGCCGCUUCGUCAAACGCCCCGCGGCGGUGUCGGUCGACGACGACAACACGAGCGCCGCCGAGGCGGCGGCCAAAUUCUGGCUCUCCUUCUCCGACAACAGUGUAGGGUUCCAAGUUGCAUCCCAUGGAGUCGUGCCAAGCUUCUAGACGGGCGAAGGUACUUGAUCGUGGCAAUGGCGUCUGCCCAGCUCGAGACAAAAUCCAGCAAAGUGCAGAUGCCAUGCGCCAUGGUCUUCCUGUCGUGUCCGUGUUCCUGUCGUGCCGUCGUUGCAGUCAAUAUUCAUGGUAAAAACCCGCCAUCGAUUUUUUUUAACUGAUGACGCGGGUUUUUCGAUCGAUGGGCACAAUUUCAUGUCCAUCGGUGAACUAGGCGAUUACUGUACUUCCUCGGUUUGUUGUUAGUUUCAUGUGCUAAGAUAAAUAAAGAAUCAUGCUGAA